GUGAUGUUUAGUUUAGGUGAUGUUAGGGAUUGUUAAGUUUAAGUUAUGUUAGAUAGGUUUAAGUUAAGGUUAUUUUCGAGAUGGUUAAGUUGAGGUUGUAUGUGUUAGUUAAGAGAUGGUUAAUACAGGAGUUUGGUUAGAGAGAUGCUUGGUUUAGUUUAGUUUAGGCACUGAGCAAUGCGCUUGGUACCGCACGCACGACGCGCUGUCGCAUUCGCGCGGUACCGCAGUCUGCGCGCCUCCAGUCUCACGGAUACAUAAUAUUAUGGUUUAUGUUACCAUAUAAACAAUGGGGCUUUCAUUUUGCCUAUUAUCCGUAAAACAGGAGCUUUGAAUCCUCCCACACGCAUCGAUGGAUGUCCGGUCGUCGGAAAGCUGUCCCGUAUAUGCCGGGCAGAGGAUGAACGGCUCCAGCUCCGGUAACGGAGGGAAGAUAUCCAAGAAGUCGCGGAGCAGAAAAGGCAAACGAGGCCGCAGAAGGAAGAGUAGGAAGAGCCGGAGCAACAAAUCCCCACCGCCGUAUUUACCUCCGGAGGCAGAAGAAGGAAACAUUGAAUAUAAGCUGAAGCUGGUGUCCCCGACGCCGCAGCGCUUCGAGCACCUGGCCACGCAGCUGAAGUGGCGGCUGCAGGAGGGCGGGGGCGAGGCGGUGUACCAGAUCGGGGUGGAGGACAACGGCAUGCUGGUGGGCCUCAGCCAGGAGGACAUGAAGGCCUCGCUACACACCCUGCAGAGGAUGGCCGAGAAGGUUGGAGCAGAUAUAACCGUCCUCAGAGAGAGGGAGGUGGAGUACAACUCAGACCGGAAGUCCAGAAAGAUCACUGAGGUUCUGGUGCGGAAGGUUCCAGAUGACCAACAGUUCCUGGACCUGCGGGUGGCGGUCCUGGGAAACGUGGACUCUGGGAAGUCCACCCUGCUGGGGGUCCUGACCCAGGGGGAGCUGGACAACGGGCGUGGCCGCGCUCGCCUCAACCUCUUCAGACACCUCCACGAGAUCCAGACGGGGCGCACCUCCAGCAUCAGCUUUGAGAUCCUGGGCUUCAACAGCAAGGGAGAGGUGGUGAACUACAGUGAUUCGCGCACGGCAGAGGAGAUCUGUGAGAACUCGUCUAAGAUGAUCACCUUCAUGGACCUGGCGGGCCACCACAAGUACCUGAAGACCACCAUCUUCGGCCUGCUCAGCUACGGACCCGACUUCGCCAUGCUGGUGGUCAGCGCCAACACCGGCAUAGCUGGGACCACCCGGGAGCACCUGGGCCUGGCCCUGGCCCUCAAGGUGCCCAUCUUCCUGGUGCUGAGCAAGGUGGACCUGUGCUCGCGCUCCACGGUGGAGCGCACCCUGAGGCAGCUGGAGCGCGUCCUGAAGCAGCCGGGCUGCAACAAGGUGCCCUUCCUCGUGACCGGGCCCGACGACGCCGUCACCGCCGCACAGCAGUUCACACAGUCCACCAGCAUCACCCCCAUCCUCCUGGUCUCCAGUGUGGGGGGGGAGGGGCUGAAACUCCUCCAGGAGUUCCUCAACAUCCUCCCUCCUCUGAGCAGCAGCCAGGAGCAGGAGGAGCUCAUGGAGCAGCCCACCGAGUUCCAGGUGGACGAGAUCUACUCUGUUCCUGAUGUUGGGACCGUGGUGGGGGGCACUCUGUACAGCGGGGUGUGCCGGGAGGGCGAGCGCCUCCUGGUGGGCCCUACGGACGCGGGGGGUUUCCUGCGGCUGCGGGUGGGCAGCAUCCAGAGGAACCGCUCCGGGUGUCGCCUGCUGCGGGCCGGCCAGGCCGCCACGCUGGCCCUGGGCAACUUCGACCGCUCGCUGCUACGCAAGGGCAUGGUGAUGGUGAGUCCCAGGGUGAACCCGACCAUCUGCUGUCAGUUUGAGGCGUCCAUCGUGCUCCUCUUCCACGCCAAGACCUUCCGCCGGGGGUCCCAAGUCACCGUGCACGUGGGCAACGUCCGACAGACCGCCACCGUGCUCUGCAUGCAGGGGAAGGAGGAGCUGCGUACGGGGGAGCGGGCGGUGGUUCGGUUCCGCUUCAUCAAGCACGCCGAGUACCUGCGGCUGGGAGCCAAGCUGCUCUUCAGAGAGGGCGUGGCUAAGGGCAUCGGUCACGUGACCCGGCUGCUUCCCGCCUCCAACAACCUAGACCAGAACCAGAACCAGCGACCUCAUAGGCACGACGCUGAGGGGGAGGGUCACCCCAACACCGACGCUACCCGCAAACCCCGCCCCCAUCCGCCAUCACCUCUCCAGUGAACUCUGACCUGGCUUAGCUGUUGGGACGCGCUCGCGCUCUCUCUCUCUCUCUCUCUCUCUCUCUCUCUCUCUCUCUCUCUCUCUCUCUCUCUCUCUCUCUCUCUCUCUCUCUCUCUCUCUCUCUCUCUCUCUCUCUCUCUCGCUCUCUCUCUCUCUCUCUCUCCUUGAUUGCCAUGCCAUGGCAACAGCAGGGGUUUUUCAAUGCUAAUAUUACUCGAAGGACCAGAUAUUAAUACUAAAGAGACAUGGCGAUAACUAUAGUACUACUAGUCUAGAGUACUAGUCUUGUGAUACUGGAUAUUACUAUGGACCAAGGAUGUCAGGGUGGAUUUCCAGAGCGGUUUUGGUUGGUUUGUUUGCUGUGUUUUUCAACAUAAAAGCGCGUCAGGUGGUUUGUUUUGUAGAACUCCGCCCACUAAGGGUCACCACAUGUUGUGCUCCCCUGCAUGUUCCCUCCUGCUAGUGGAUUUUAGCCAAUUAACUUGCAGCUAAUAAGCUAUUGGCCAGUUAGCUUGUAGCUAGCUUGCUAGUAGCUAGGACAUCGUUUUUACAGUCCUCCGAUUCAGUGAGCUGAAUAUGUGAAUGUAUUUCCCAUCGUUUGUGGAGAGUACUACGCAUCUGCCUCGACCACAGCAUGCUCUCGAUCGCUAGCCUCCAGGUUGCCUAGGAACGGAGGCUAACCAUAGACACCAGAGCCAAACCAGCAACCUUGGUGUUCAGUGAUGAUAUUUGCUGUAAUACUGUAAGUGAUUGACUUGUCUUGAAUCCAAAACGGAUUCAGCGUUUUGACAGAUUUAACUUUUAACAGAAGUCUUCUAUAUGCUGUAUUUAUAAAGAUGAGGUUCGGUUUAAUUCUUGUUCAUCCCUCAAAAAAGAACUUUGCGGGGGGCUUAACCUUGUCACGGACCAAUGUUAGCAUAACUGUGCUGGCAUGUGGGAAUGCACCGUUAGCUUGCUCCAAACUAUUAAACAUGUUACUGUACA